AUGGCCUCUCCGAGAAUAAGCUAUCUUAUUUUCUCCAUGUUGUGCAUUCUCGUAUUGUUGUCUGCAGGGGAAGAUACAAAGCUUUAUGUGGUCUACAUGGGCAACCUUCCAUCACAAGCUAAUGGAGAUUCUCACACAGCAGCUGUGUCAAUACACCAUGAUAUGCUUGAAUCUGUGCAUUCAAGCCGGGAGGCAGCCCAGGAAUCUUUGAAAUAUAGUUAUGGGAAGAGCUUUGGUGGAUUCGCAGCUAUGCUUUCUCCAUCUCAAGUCCAGCAACUCUCAAAUAUGGCCGGUGUGGUUUCUGUGUUUCAGAGCAAGCAACUGCAACUUUUAACGACAAGGUCAUGGGAUUUUAUCGGCUUUCCUGCAUCUGCUCAAAACACUAAUUUGGCUUAUCAAAGCGACAUCAUCAUUGGUGUCAUUGACACAGGAAUAUGGCCAGAAUCAGAAAGUUACAACGAGGUAGGAUUUGGUCCAGUGCCAUCCAAAUGGAGGGGCGAAUGUCACACAACAUCUGAUUUUCCCACUUGCAACAAGAAACUUGUUGGGGCAAAGUUUUAUCGUACAAAUGGAACGAUACCAUCAGGGGAGUUCCUAUCUCCAAGAGAUGGACAUGGUCAUGGAACACAUACUUCCUCUACUGCUGCUGGAAAUCAUAUAAACAAUGCUAGUGUUUAUGGUAUUGGUCAAGGAAGCGCACGAGGUGGGGUCCCUGGUGCAAGGCUUGCAAUGUACAAAGUUUGUUGGCUUGAUGGUUGCACAGAAGCAGAUAUUCUUGCAGCAUUUGAUGAUGCCAUCUAUGAUGGUGUGGAUGUUAUUUCAGUAUCACUUGGAUUUUAUCGUUCUUUCAACUAUUUUGAAGAUAGCAUUGCUAUUGGUUCAUUUCAUGCAAUCAAGAGGGGAAUAUUUGUAUCAAAUGGAGCUGGAAAUAGUGGACCUACCAUGGCAACAGUUAUCAAUUAUUCUCCAUGGUCUUUAACUGUGGCUGCAAGCACCAUCGAUCGUAAAAUGGAAUCAAAACUUCUUCUAGGAAACAACAUAUCUAUAAAAGGAAUUGCUGUAAACACAUAUACAAUGGAGCAACCAUGGUAUCCUAUCAUAUAUGGAAGAAGUUGUGACUUAAACUCUUCAAAUCAUAUUCAAAUGGAAGGAAGGAUAGUUCUUUGCGACGAUUUCAAUGAUUUCUUGGAUUAUACAAUUUAUCUUGGUCGUGGUGCUGGUCUUAUUAUAAUGAGCGAUGAACUUAGUGACAUGGCUCUUGUAUGGCAAGUUCCUACAACAACGAUAUCAACUAAGCAAGGAGAAGUUGUAUUGUCUUAUAUCAAUUCUACUAGCUCUCCCGUUGCACGAAUUCUAAAAACAACCACUCCCAAAGCACCGGCACCCAUUGUAGCUUCUUUCUCAUCUCGAGGUUAUAAUCCAAUCACAUUUGGCAUUCUCAAGCCUGAUAUUACGGCACCAGGCGUCGACAUUAUUGCAUCUUGGCCUAGAAAUACCUCACUUACUAAGAAUAUAGGAGACACGAGGCUCUCUAACUUCAAUAUAAUAUCGGGAACCUCUAUGUCAUGUCCACAUAGUGCAGGAGUUGCAGGGUUUAUUAAGUCAUACCAUAGCAAUUGGUCUCCUAGUGCAAUCAAAUCAGCUCUAAUGACUACAGCUUUGGUAAUGGACCCAACAUUGUUUGGGAAUGGAGAUGCCGAAUUUGGAUAUGGGGCAGGGCAGAUAAAUCCUAUGAAGGCAAUUGAUCCAGGACUUGUGUAUGACAUAGGUGUAGAUGAUUAUGUCAAUUUUCUUUGUAAGGAAGGCUACAAUGAUACCACUUUGCGUUUGGUUACAGGAGACUUUAGUAGUUGUGAUUUCAAAGAGUCAUCUAAAAAUGGAGCAAGAGAACUAAACUACCCUUCAAUAAUGGUUGAUGCUAUCCCUGGAGAACCUAUUCAGGCUAGAUUUCCUAGAAUAGUUACCAAUGUAGGAGUUGCAAAAAGCACAUACAAGGCUACUAUAUCUGCACCCUUUGGAAUUAAUGUGAUAGUUGAGCCAGACACAUUAUCAUUUUCAUCUUUAAACCAGAAAUUAUCAUACAAUGUCACAAUUGAAGGUGGACCCAUCCUUACCAACAAGUUACUUUCAGGUGCUUUAACAUGGAGAGAUGGAAUUUAUAAUGUCAGAAGCCCAAUCGCUAUUUAUGUUAUUCCCAAAUAG